AUGGAUACAUUAACAUUGGUCUCGAUAUUCGCUGCAGGAUGCACUGCCAUUUUCUCAAGUACUUAUUUACUGGUGAUGAGAGUUAGACCAAGAAUCUCAACAGCUGAUUUAUUGACUGUUCUCUGGUUUGUUUUAUGCGGUUGCAUUCACCUCUUCUUCGAAGGAUACUAUGCCUACAAUUUUCGACGCAUGCCACUCAUGCAAGAUCUCUUCGGCCAACUCUGGAAAGAGUAUUCACUAUCUGAUUCGCGAUAUCAAACACAAGAUGCUUUCGUUCUCUGCAUGGAAACCAUUACUGCAGUAUGUUGGGGCCCUUCAUCAUUUAUCCUCGCGGCCAUGAUUGCGACGGAUCAUUCGCUCCGAUAUCCUUUGCAGGCAAUCAUAUCGUUGGGUCAAUUGUAUGGAGACGUGUUGUACUAUGCGACAUGUUUGUUCGAUUUCUAUAUAUUGGGGUUGGAGUAUUCAAGACCGGAACCUGCGAUUUUCUGGGGAUAUUUUGUUUUUAUGAAUUCUUUUUGGAUUGUGAUUCCUUGUAAAUCCCCAGCGGGAACUGCAUUAUCAAAAGAUCCGCCAACCCUAUUUUCUCCACUCACCAUCCGCGAUGUCACGUUUCAAAAUCGCAUCUGGGUAGCUCCUAUGUGCAUGUACAGCGCGAACGACGGACACCUUACUGAUUUCCAUCUUGUGCAUUUGGGUGCCUUUGCUUAUCGCGGAGCGUCUCUCACUAUUAUUGAAGCUACUGCUGUCCGCCCGAAGGCCGAAUCUCUCCCGAUAGAGGGGUUCAAAAGGGUAGCGGAUUUUGCACAUGGCCAAGGACAGAAAAUCGGAAUUCAAUUGGCUCAUGCGGGAAGAAAGGCUAGUACGUUGCCUCCUUGGAUGGGACCUAGAGGAAAGAGUGCUGUUGCAGAAGAAAAGGAUGGAGGAUGGCCUAAGAAUGUUAAGGGAAUGAGUGCGUUGAAAUGGGGUGAAGGUUAUGCGGAGCCUAAUGAAAUGUCACUUGAGGACAUUCAAGAUGUCAUUGAUGGAUUCCGUGAUGCGGCUAAGAGAGCUGUGGCAGCGGGAAUUGAUGUGAUUGAAAUUCAUGGUGCUCAUGGAUACUUGUUGCAUUCCUCUUUGAGUCCGGUCACCAACAAACGAACCGAUCAAUAUGGAGGAAGUUGGGAAAACAAAAUUAGAAUGCUGACCGAGACGAUCAAGGCUGUGAGAAGUGUGAUUCCAGAGGGAAUGCCUUUGUUGCUCAGAAUCAGUGCUACAGAGUGGUUAGAAGAUGUUGAGAGCUGGGAUAUUCCAGAUACUAUCAAAUUGGCAAAGUUGCUUCCAGCACUUGGUGUUGAUUUACUCGACGUCAGUUCGGCAGGUAAUUCGCCAACCCAAAAGAUCGGAAUGCAUACAAAUUACCAGAUUUCUAUUGCUGGGGAGAUCCGUGCAGCGUUGUUUAAAGAAGGGAUCAAAGACCUGAAGAUUGGGUGUGUUGGUAUGAUCACAGAAGCUGAGGCUGCAAAAUCUCAUUUGGAGGAUGAACCAACUACAUACCCCAACGCAGGAGAAACAGUAGAUGUUAAAGAUGAACAAGGAAAGAUCGCAAAGGCCGAUAUCGUUUUGGUUGCUAGACAAUUUAUGAGAGAACCUGAGUGGGUUUUUAGAGUCGCUUAUAGAUUGGGCGUUGAGGUUCAAUGGCCUGUUCAGUAUUUGAGAGCAGGCUUUUUGAAGGGCUCUGUUAUUUAA